AUUUAAUUACCUUAUUAUAUGACAAUAUAUUAUAUGACAAUACUUUACAUUUGUAUUCAUGAAUUGAUACAUGGUAACAGUUCCAGCAUCUCUUUCUGCAAACCAACUACCACCAAAAUGAUGCCUGGCGGCUUAAGUGAAACGAAAUCUGCAACUCCAGAAAUCCAGAAGAUAGUUGAUGAGGUAAAGCCACAGUUGGAAAAAAAGUCCAAUGAAAAAUAUGACCACUUUGAAGCUGUAAAAUACAGAACACAAGUAGUUGCUGGGACCAUGUAUUUUAUAAAGGUACAUACUGGAGGUGAUCAAUAUGUACAUUUGAAAGUAUUCAGACCUCUCCCUUACACGAAUGAUCCAAUGGAGCUGUCAGCCUACCAGACCGGCAAAACCAAGGAUGAUGAACUGACCUACUUUUAGAGUCACAGUCCAGAAUGCAUCUAGUUCCUUUCAUGAGCAUCCUGUAUCAAUAAGCACAACUGAAACAAAACAUAGAUCUUUUUAAAGUAUA